AUGGAUACUGAUAAGCCCGUAGAUGUUGUAGCAACGUGUGUGCUGUCUGCUUCGAACAACCGCUGUUGCGAUACCUCAAACUGUGCUUACUCUCUGGACAAUAUUUCCCGAAAGCAUUCCAAAGCGAACGUCACGAUGUGCAAUAGUCAUCCAGCGGUUCUCGUCCGCCGAUGUGCUGCGGCAAUGACCACUCACUGCAGUGCCCUUAAAGCAGGACGGAAACCCAACGAAAGACCGACGCACACCAGGGUAGUAAGACGCGACAAAAUCAAUAAAGUCAACCAAUCAAAUGUAGGGACAAGGUCAACUGCGCCAGCGAAUUGGCCGAUCACAAAUAUGGCACUGCAUCGGCUGAUCGGAGGACGAGCCAACUCAAGGCAUACACGGUACGAACGGUGUUUAGGAGCGAACCGCGGAAACCAUGCAGUCGAUGUUUAUAUGGCGUCCCUUCUAGCAGGGUCGGUUGAUCUGUCCCCAUUGGCGGUCCAGUCGACUGUGAUCAAGACACAGUGCAGAGCCAAGGUCCGCAAACCAAACAACGGCGAGUGGAAUGUUGGCUCAGUAGUGUGGGUUGUGGUCGUCCCUUCCGCAGCCCGUCUCGUGAUGCUGAUUAGCGAUACGGUUACAUGGAUGUUGUGGCAAAACAAGUCAGGACAGGCUCAGCAAACGGGGCACAAGCAUGCAUGGUCUUCUUUACUUAACAAAGGACUUUGGGUGCGUAUACCCAGAUAG